UUCUACAGGUUCAUAUUUUCGAAAAAAGAAGGCACUCUGGUGGUUCCGCUUAAAGUUUUAAAUUCCCGCCUAAGGCUGUGAAGUUGGCUUCAUUCAUGACGCAAUACACAAGCGUGACAUGGUGCAGUUCCUACGUUGAUCCACAGGUAGUCGGUACUUCCGGGUUCCCUACAGCCGGACCGGAGACGUUUUGCGGUGAGGGACAGGUAUGGGACGCCACGCUAAGGAGCUGCGUCUCCUGCUCUAUCUGUCAGACCUUUCCCGAGACGGCUCACUGCCAGUUCUGUCCGGAGACCGCCACUUCUCGCGAUAGUCUAGCCUCCGAGCUAACGCAAAGGCCAUGCGAAGAGGGCUCGGUCUGGGACUCCUUCCAGAACGGCUGUGUCUCGUGCGGUGUCUGUGAGACCCACCCGGACACACCUAUCUGUACAGCAUGUAGCGAACAGGGAGAUUCGCCUGUAUGUCCAGAAGGGCGGGCCUGGGACCCGUUCUUACAGAACUGCAUGAGCUGUACGAUCUGCGACACGCAUCCUGACAGUUAUAUUUGCCAGGUGUGUCCCACCCCAAGUCCAACAGUACCUACAGGCCGACUCAGUGAUGACCUUGACCAAAAGUACAUCAUCCUAGCGGCCGUUGUAGCCUGUGUCGGUGUCUUCUUUGCUGUACUUCUCAUCGCCUUUCUCAUCGCCAAGUUCUGUGUACCUGACGGGUGCAGACGAUGCCUGCAAUGUUGCACAAAGAAACCUAAAGGGGAUGAGACGAAUAACGGCAAAAGGAUCGCCCAUCCCACAGGCCCGCAGGACGACAGCGGCCUGUCUUCCCUGGUCUCAAGUCGCAGCAACAGCGACACCUGCGUCAUGCAGCCUCUCAACCCGCAAGACAACAAGAAAAAUGUCGUGUAAUCUGGCCACAGAAAUGAAAAUCAAUCAAGGACUAGUGACACUCGGCUUUAUCUACCGAGAAAAACUAUGGAGAAAGAGUUUGUGAACUGAAACGCUUCGGAUUUCUGCGACCUUUGGGUUCAAUGUUAUUGUGUUAGCAAAGCUGUUACGAUAUUCUGUGGGGGUUUAUUUAGUCUCUGAUUUGUUAGUUAGAAUAUUGAAAGUAGUGAUGCGGAAAGAUAAAUUGAUCGAUGUUGCAACAACGGAAACGUAUUAGAGACAUUUAUCAUGCAAUCUUAAGUCGAUUGGACAUUUCCCAAGGUUCAAGGAUGUGCACUUUUGAACUCUGCAAGAAAUGCAGAGUGAACUUUCACAAUACUAGAACAUGCCAUUUGAAAUUAGUAUAUCCCCUGUGCAAUGAGAUCUAUAUACCACUAUGUAUUUUUAUUAAGGCAUCGAUAUGGAUGUAUUAGUUCAUUGGAUUGGAUUUGUGUUCACCAGUGAUGCUUUGUAAUGUAUUACAUUGAGUAUGAAAGCUUUCUUCGAAACCACUUCCUUGGUGUAAAUUAGCUAAGGAAAUGAAUAGUACAGUGUAUAAUUAAAUAAUGUUCAUCAUACUUUGUUUUAACAUGGAACACGUCGUAUGAAUCUAGUCAACAUAAUUACAUUCGAAAGCAUAACAUAUCCCAUAAUCAAAUUGUUUCUGACAGCUCCAAGACUCUUCAUAUACAGGGAACAAAACGCGAUAUGCACGUUUGCCCAAAGAUUAGCAAAGAUGGAUGAAUGCUUUCAAAGGCUUGGACCCUUUACGCUUUCCUCAAUGUUAUACAACGUUACAUACAAGUGUUUUAUAGUUUUAUAGAACAUUCUAAAGUAAUUUAGAGACUUCUGUUUACAACCCUUUGCGGUGCCACUUGCGUCACUUGACGCAAUACACGGAAACAAGCUAAGUUGCUCAAGUUAUGAAUCAUGGUCGCUUUGCGUUUGAGUCACCCAAAUCCCUUUGUCAAAGAUUUUUACGUAUUGGAGAUUUAAAAUGUGUUGGUAACUUAACAUCUCCAAUGUACAGCUUGGUAUUUCGUCAACACUACUUGGAUACUAUGACAAUGACACGUCAUCAGAGAGCGCUUUGCUAUGACAGGUGUUUCCUUUCAAAACAUCACCCACCCACUCACUCUCACUUCUUACAAUGAUAACAACAAAACGCGACUGUACGUCGGUUGUCGUCAUUCACAUAUUGGCCCUCUUUGAGUUUUGUGACUUUUGAAAUAGUUCGCGGAAUAUGCUUACUUUGUUAUCUACUCAUCGAUAUUCACUUUACUGUUAGGAAUUACAGUGGGGGAUAAUUAAAGGGUAGCUAGUCAAUUGCGCUAUGAUGUGUUCUAUUUGGCAACGUCACGAUCAAAACAACAUAGUGAGUCCGUCUCCGUCUCCGUGAGUCAAACUUGUGUGAUCAUUGUGACUAACUUUUUCCAUUCAUUCACUGUUUAUAAACAGGAAGUGGGCGUAAACUUACCGGUUCAAGCUGCUUCCGGGUCCCCCGCCACUAAGCCAUGUCCACAGGACGCGGUGUGGGAUUCUCACCUGGGCAGUUGUGUCAGCUGUUCCGUGUGUGAAACCUACCCAAACACACCUGUGUGUGAGUCCUGUACAUCGGGACGUGAGGAUCCCGAACCGUCGCCACCACAGGUGUCUACUGGAGUUUGUCAGAACGGGUACGCCUGGGACUCCGUCCAGAAGAAGUGCUUCAGUUGUGGUGUUUGCGAUGCGUACCCGGACACACCGUUCUGUGAUCAGUGUGCGGACAAGACCACAACUAGUGGAACAAAGUCACCAUCCUGCCCAGAUGGGACGGCCUGGGACGGUUUCCUGGGCAGGUGUGUGAGCUGCACGGUGUGUGAGACUCAUCCGGACACACCUGUCUGCCGAUUCUGUCCAACUCCAAGGACAGACGCGCCUGAUGGUUCGAGACCUGACCAUAACACCGUCUUGGUCGCUGUCCUGACGACUGCGGCCAUUGUUCUCGUCAUGUGUCUGGCAGUAGCAGUGUGGGUCAGCCGUGGUCCGGGCAGGGGUGUGUGUAGAUUGUGCGGGCAUGGGCAGCAGAGACGACAGUUUCCUGAAGUGGAGCCAGGUAAGACUGUCAAGGGAUACCGGCUGACUCAAGUUGAAGAUGACAGCGGCUGUUCCUCCAUGGGUUCCAGUAACACCAGCAUCGUGCUCCUCACCACGGAUAAAGUGACUGUAGUGUGAAGAUACAUUGUUCAUGCAUUCUUCCACAGUACCAGUAUACUAAGCACGUGUACUUCCUUUAGGUUCAGAGGUUCAGCAAAUUGCGCUGCUAACUCAUGUCUGUGACUUUGAAUGUAUCAGAUCUGAAGCCAAAAAGCUUUGGUGGCAUCAGGUCUUCUAAUUGCUGGUAGCCUCGAUAAAGGCACAAACCAUUACAGUCAUAUGGACUUGGUAACCUGGCCAUGGACAUACGUGUGUCCCAAAAGAAUAUGCAAUGUCUGUAUCCUGUAGGGUAUGAUCUUGUUUUUGAGGUCUGAAACUGUGGUUUUAAUAUGUUGCAAUUUUCCACCUCAUACAGCCCCUAUGUAAAGUCCAUUCUUGCCUGGAGCUGUUUUAACUGAUCCUUACAAAUGUGAUUUUAAGAGGAGGAAGAAACUUAAUCCAUAGUCCACACAAAGUUUAAAUUUGUCAUGUUAUUAAGUACAUGUAUAUAUGGUGAAGCUGCCACCAAUGAGUGAAGUGUGGAUUAGCAUUGUAUAACAUUUUUUUGAACAUAUAGUGUGAUUUUCUUGAACAGUGUGAUUUUGUGUAAUAUUUUCUUGAACAUAGUGUGAUUUUGUAUAACAUUUUCUUUAACAUAGAGUGUGAUGACACAGUCUAUGCAGUAAAAUUGAGUUCUAAAUUAUGAUGCAAUAUCUACUUAUCAAGUUAUUCCUUGCAAUUGUAACUGCUUGGCCAACUAUAAACAUUUAUCAUGAUCAUAAAUUACUGUGCACAUGUAUUUCUUUCCGAGUAAUCACUUACUCAGGCAUAGUAAUUGCCAGAUACAAAACAAUAAAAAUGUACCGGUAC